UCAUUACUAGUCGAUCAUUAUAUACCAUUCGAUAGCGCUUUUCAAGGACUACAUUUACUACUGUUCGAAUUCAAAAAAGCUCACUUGUCGAUUUUUGCUCAAAUUUCCGCCUGAAUGCCCACUGUGUAAUGGUAUGGUGCCGAACACUCUGGAACUAGAACCUAACAUCCUUCUGCAUUUAGGAACCGUAUGAUUAGCGAAUGAGCGAAUUUCGACCUAACGUUUUGGUAAUAAAUAGAUCCAAUGGCCAUUAGAAUGCUCGAAAACCUUCGAUCAAAACUGAUACUUUCUUCAGUACUUAAUACACUUUCAAGAAAUGACCAUAUAUUACAAGAAAUUUUGUAAAAGUCAAGCUUUGUGAAAAUUUAUUAUUUCUAACACAGGUUGACAUUGGUUCAUUCGAUUCUUCUGGAGUACUACACCAAAGGUCAAAACCCUAGUGAAAUGAUCAUAACUCGAACAUAAAGACCUAUUGUCACGAAUUUAGUACCUUUUAAUGUUCUUUUGCUUUUUUCAUUAAAGCAGAACCUACGAAAUUGUCUUCUUUGUGCUGCUUUAGAUAUACUACCGUAUGAUGAUGAUCUCGAUAUAUUAGUAUCUGAAUAUGAUCGUUUGCAGCUCUUAAAAAUUAGAGAUUCAAUCGCAGACGAUCAACGCAGUUGGACAAUAUUUUCACCUAAUAACAAUAGUUUAGAUAAGUUUUAUUUUCGUGAAUCAAAGAAAGCUGGUAGCAUGAAGUGGAAUUGGCCGUUCAUCGAUCUUUUUGGAUUCCAAGAAAAUUCUACUCAUAUUUGGUUUGAGGCUCCAGUUGAUAAAAAAUAUAUUUUCCCCUUAGUUUUGAGGCCAAUCGCGUCACAAUGGUUAUGGUCACCACGAAGUAUUUUCGGAUAUUAUCGAUCAUUACAAAAACGACAUAACUUAUACGCUGUAGCACCGUCUUUUGGUCAGACAUGUUUACAACAACGUUAUUCUCAUCGAUACGAAAGGACAACACAAAACUUUGUAGUCGUUAAUUGUAGUCAGUUGCAUAAUAUUUAUCCAUAUAUUCGGCGGACGUGUAAUGAGACGAAGUGUUUUGAAUAUUUAAUGAUUAAUGAGACGACACCAAUGUAUUCACUGAACACGGAUAAAGAUGCUUAUGCUCAUUUAUGA